GUCAAUUGGUAAUAAGUCGAGAGCAGUCAGCAGAGGGACAGUUUUUAUCAAACAGCAGUUUAGUAUUAAUUUUAUUUGUGCUCCGAAGUAACGUAAUUAUUCCCUAUGCGUUAAAUUAAUCAACAAACUCACUUUACGUUUUAAACAAACAUAAAUCAAUUUAGUAAAGCGCAAAGUUUGGUUAUUACUGAAAAAUGUUCAACUGCUACAGUACCCCACGGGAUAUCAGUUCGAAAGUGUUUAGUGUCUAUUUGAAGUGAUUACAUGUUAUGGAAUACCACUGUGAUAUUGACCCGUUUAUAAACACACAUCGGGAUUGUUUAUCGAGUUAAUAAUGUCGGGUAAUUUUAUGAAUACGGAUAAGGAACAUAAAUCGCCGAGGGAGAGUGGCGAGGAUUCGGAAGAUGAAAGCGAAAUUUUAGAGGAAAGUCCUUGCGGUAGAUGGUUGAAACGACGCGAAGAGGUCGAGCAAAGAGAUGUUCCCGGUAUAGAUAGCGCCUAUUUAGCUAUGGAUACGGAGGAAGGCGUCGAAGUAGUAUGGAACGAAGUGCAAUUUUCCGAAAGGAAAAAUUUCAAAAAUCAAGAGGAAAAGAUCCAGUUGAUUUUCGAAAAUCUCACCCAAUUAGAGCAUCCUAAUAUCGUUAAAUUCCACAGAUAUUGGACGGAUACGCAUAACGAUAAACCUCGAGUGAUAUUCAUAACGGAAUACAUGUCGUCGGGUUCUUUGAAACAAUUCCUGAAGAGGACCAAACGAAACGUCAAGAAACUACCCCUGCAAGCCUGGAGGAGAUGGUGUACGCAAAUCCUCUCGGCUCUCAGUUACUUACAUUCCUGUUCUCCGCCCAUCGUCCAUGGGAAUCUCACCUGCGAUACCAUUUUUAUUCAACAUAAUGGGCUCGUCAAAAUUGGCUCAGUUGCUCCGGAUUCGAUAAAUCAUCACGUCAAAACGUGCCAGGACGAUUUCAAAAACAUGCAUUUCAUCGCACCCGAACAUCCCACUCAGAUGGGCCCUCCGAUUGACAUUUACUCCUUCGGGAUGUGCGCCUUAGAAAUGGCCGCCCUGGAAAUAAUCGGCAACGGUGAUUCCGGCAACAAAGUGACGGAAGAGAACGUCAAAAAAACAAUUGAAUCCCUCGAGGACGAUCACCAAAAAGAUUUCAUUAUCAAGUGUUUGUCAUCGAAUCCGGAAGACAGGCCUACAUCGAAGGAAUUACUAUUCCACCCUCUACUUUUCGAAGUCCAUAGUUUGAAACUUUUAGCUGCACAUUGUUUGGUUAGAAAAAGCGCGUACAUUUCCGAAACGAUAACCGACGAACUGAUGCAAAGAUGGUACGGUCCUGACGUCAUAGUAGCGGAAAUGAAAAGGAAAAGCGGAGAAUGCGUCCAAAUGAAAAUGGCUAAUAUUACGGUAACGGAAAAAUUGGAAAAAUUCGUCGAGGACGUCAAGAAUGGUAUUUAUCCGUUGACUGCUUUCGGUGCUAAACAACCCCCGCCGCCCAGAUCUAGGGCGAUAUCACCGGAAAUGGCGGAAUCCGUCAAAUCCGUCACCCCCGAACCCACCGACGUAGAAACUAGGAAAAUUGUUAAUAUGAUGUGUGAUGUCAAAUCCAAAGAAGAAAGCUGUGAUUUAUUGUUGACUAUUGUACUACGUAUGGAUGAUAAGAUGAAUAGGCAGUUAACCAGUUGUAUAUCGCCAGGAGACAACCCCAAGGUGUUAGCUCAGGAAUUGGUCCAUUACGGUUUUAUAAAUGAAACGGACCGAGAUAAGAUAGCGAAUUUAAUAGAAGAAUCAAUACAAAAUUCGACGACAUCCGGUAGCAGCAGUCCGACGCACGCGUUUCCCACUUUUCCCGCCAUACCGCUAUUGACGACGUUACCGCAACCGGUGCCCGUAUUGGCGACGAAUUCCCUACCUCCCCCCGUCGUCGUUACGACCCAAGUACCGAUGCAUUCUACCAGUUAGUGAACCGCCCCCUCGACGAAAAAAGAAGAAAAA